AUGACCAGGGGUGCUUGGAUGUGUCGGCAGUAUGACGACGGCUUAAAAAUCUGGUUGGCAGCACCCCGGGAGAACGAGAAACCGUUCAUCGAUUCAGAGAGGGCUCAGAAAUGGCGACUGUCUUUGGCAUCUCUCUUGUUUUUCACAGUCCUGCUUUCUGAUCACUUGUGGUUCUGCGCCGAGGCCAAACUGACCCGCACCCGGGACAAGGAACAUCAUCAUCAUCAUCGGCAGCAGCAGCAGCGGCAGCGACAGCAACAACAACAGCGACAGCGGCAGCAGGAACCCUCCUGGCCCGCACUCCUGGCAAGCAUGGGGGAGUCCUUGCCCGCCGCCCAGGCACAGAGACUCCUCUCCGCCUCCUCGUCCCCCACACUACCCCCCUCUCCGGGAGACGGCGGCGGCGGCAAGGGCAACCGAGGCAAAAACAACCCGAGCAAGGCUUUUUUUCUAGGAAACUCUGCCAAACCCGUGUGGCGCCUGGAGACUUGUUACCCCCAGGGCACCUCUUCGGGCCAGUGUUUCACAGUUGAGGAUGCGGACGCUGUGUGCGCCAGGAACUGGAGUCGGGGGGUGGCGGCCAGGGGGGAGGAGCAGCAGGUGAGAGGGAAGCAUCAAACUCCGCUCUGGAACUUGUCGGAUUUUUACCUUUCGUUUUGUAAUUCCUACACACUUUGGGAGUUGUUCUCGGGGUUGCCGAGUCCCAACACUUUGAACUGUAGUCUGGAUGUGGUGCUUAAGGAGGACGGCGAGAUGACCACUUGCAGGCAAUGUGUCGAGGCUUACCAAGACUAUGACCACCAUGCUCAGGAGAAAUACGAAGAGUUUGAAAGUGUGCUCCAUAAGUAUUUACAGUCGGAGGAGUAUUCGGUGAAAUCCUGUCCUGAGGACUGUAAGAUUGUCUACAAAGCCUGGCUGUGCUCCCAGUAUUUUGAAGUCACACAGUUUAACUGCAGAAAGACAAUUCCUUGCAAGCAAUACUGUUUGGAGGUUCAGACAAGGUGUCCAUUUAUACUGCCCGACAAUGAUGAAGUCAUCUACGGAGGACUAUCCAGUUUCAUCUGUACAGGGCUCUAUGAAACCUUUCUAACCAAUGAUGAACCAGAAUGCUGUGAUGUCAGGAGAGAAGAACAAUCAAACAACCUAUCCAAAGGGACAGUAGAAAACAGUGACUCCUGUCACAGGACAUCACUCCCUGUGUCAUCAGCAACAAGACUGUGUAACAGCAGACUCAAACUGUGUGUCCUCGUACUAAUUCUCUUACAUACAGUCCUCACAGCCUCAGCAGCACAGAACACAACAGGACUGAGCUUCGGAGGCAUGGGCACAUUGGAAGAGAGCUCCACCAAUGAGGACUAA